UGAAACUCUCAGAAUCCUCCUGUACUUCCUGUUUGCUCCUCGCUUCUCCUGCUGCAAACUCGAGUGUUUUCUGGCUUCUAUUCCGAGACAUAUAACAGAUAAAUAACGAUGUCUCUGGAGGUGGAAUCAGCAGACGUGAUCCGUCUGAUCAUGCAGUACCUGAAGGAGAACAACCUGCAGAGGACCCUGGUGACGCUGCAGGAGGAGACCACCGUGUCCCUGAACACCGUGGACAGCAUCGAGAGUUUUGUGGCGGACAUCAACAGUGGUCACUGGGACACCGUGCUGCAGGCCAUCCAGUCCCUCAAGCUGCCCGACAAAACCCUCAUAGACCUCUACGAACAGGUGGUGCUGGAGCUGAUCGAGCUGAGAGAGUUGGGUGCAGCUCGCUCCCUCCUCAGACAGACCGACCCCAUGAUCAUGCUGAAGCAGACGCAGCCCGAGAGAUACAUCCACCUGGAGAACCUCCUGGCUCGCUCCUACUUCGAUCCCAGAGAGGCGUACCCGGACGGCAGCAGCAAGGAGAAGCGGCGGGCGGCCAUCGCUCAGGCUCUGGCCGGAGAGGUCAGCGUGGUGCCGCCGUCUCGUCUCAUGGCUCUACUGGGACAGUCUCUAAAGUGGCAGCAGCACCAGGGCCUCCUGCCGCCCGGGAUGACCAUCGAUCUGUUCCGGGGUAAAGCUGCCGUUAAAGACGUGGAGGAGGAGCGCUUCCCCACGCAGCUCAGCCGACACAUCAAGUUCGGACAGAAGUCUCAUGUGGAGUGUUCCCGGUUCUCCCCCGACGGUCAGUACCUGGUGACCGGCUCCGUGGACGGGUUCAUCGAGGUCUGGAACUUCACCACCGGCAAAAUCAGAAAGGAUCUGAAGUACCAGGCCCAGGAUAACUUCAUGAUGAUGGACGAUGCUGUGCUGUGUAUGGGCUUCAGCAGAGACACAGAGAUGCUGGCCACCGGAGCUCAGGACGGGAAGAUUAAGGUGUGGAAGAUCCAGAGCGGUCAGUGUCUGCGGCGGUUCGAGCGCGCUCACAGUAAAGGAGUCACCUGCGUCAGCUUCUGCAAAGACAGCAGCCAGCUGCUCAGCGCCUCCUUCGACCAGACCAUCAGAAUCCAUGGACUGAAGUCCGGUAAGACCCUGAAGGAGUUCCGGGGUCACACGUCGUUUGUGAACGAGGCCACCUUCACUCCAGACGGACAUCACGUCAUCAGCGCCUCGUCAGACGGCACCGUGAAGAUGUGGAACAUGAAGACCACCGAGUGCUCCAACACGUUCAAGCCUCUCGGCACGUCGGCCGGCACCGACAUCACCGUCAACAACGUGAUCCAGCUGCCCAAAAACCCCGAGCACUUCGUGGUGUGCAACCGCUCCAACACCGUGGUCAUCAUGAACAUGCAGGGACAGAUCGUGAGGAGUUUCAGCUCCGGUAAGAGGGAGGGCGGAGACUUCGUCUGCUGCACGCUGUCUCCUCGGGGGGAGUGGAUCUACUGCGUGGGAGAGGACUUCGUGCUCUACUGCUUCAGCACGGUCACCGGCAAGCUGGAGAGAACGCUGACGAUCCACGAGAAGGAUGUGAUCGGCAUCGCCCACCACCCCCACCAGAACCUGAUCGGCACCUACAGCGAGGACGGGCUGCUGAAGCUCUGGAAGCCUUGAUGUGGACUGAGACUCUCACACACACUCUCUGACACACACACUCUCCUCACUCCAGACACACACACAUACACACUCUCUGUUUGUCUCUGUGUGGAUGGUGUAACCACAUCUCUAUUCACCUGCAUGUCUCAGUCGGUCCAGGUGUUUAUUUUUGAAGCCGAACAGUGGAGCCUCCUUCACCUGAGCCUGUCAGUCCAACACAGAAACGCUUAAUUGAUUUUUUUAACGAAGCAAAGUCACAGAGUGGUGCAGGAAUGAGUCCUACACCCUGGGAAAGCAUCAUCCCUGCACCACUCUGUGCUGUACCUGUAGUCUGUUUAAUAGUCAGGAAUUAAUUAGGAAAGCAGCAUUUCAAAUGACAAACUGAGCAGAAGUGCUUCCAUAUUUGUCCGGAUUUUGUACUUUAAUCGUAGGUUGUUUUUAACGCAGGUAAAAUAAUAAGGUUCUGCUGUCUUGAACACCUGAGCUUUACACACACUCAGUUACCCUGUUUGGAGAUUUCAGAGAGAGCUGGGGGGGGGGGGGGAUACUAGACUUCUGUUUUGAAAAAUUCCUCUUUCUUUGUAAAUAUAUUUUGUAAUUCUGUUUUUUUCCAACAAUAACUGGUUAAAUAUGUGUUUGUGUGGCUGUUUGUUUUCCCCCACCUUGGAUUGAAUGGCAUCUCAUUUCAAAAGGACUUCUAUAUAUUUAGUAUUAACUCCCACAUUGGAUUUAACAAUGAUGUCACCCCCCCCCCCCCCCACCCCCCACCCCCAUACAGUACAAGCAUUUUGACUGGAUGCUUCAGAGGUCCUUUAUCUGCUGGAUGUACAAAUUCCUGUCUGUGCCAUUAAAGCUAUUUAACCAGA